UCCGUUCUACCGAAGGUCAGUAGGGUGUAGAAGUUGGCUGACCAUAAGAAAUUAACUAAGUGAAGUAACAUGGACAUUUUGGUGCAGAAUGGAAGCAACUUGUCUUCUAUCCUGACUUAUUGCUUCGUGCUUUGGAUAACAUGCUUCAUUUACAAAGUUUUGAUCAAGCCAUUUUUUUCUCCUCUCAGAAGGAUACCUGGUCCAGGGUAUCACAACCCAAUAUAUGGCAAUGUUAGAGAAGCAAUGCAAGGUGAAGCUAUGGAGACAUCAACAAAAUGGGUGAAAAAAUAUGGAGACAUAGUGAGAUAUUACCAUCUGCUGGGAAGGGAACGUGUUUUGAUUGCUUGUCCCGAAGGCUUGAAGAGAAUGCUUGUGACAAAUGCUAAAAAUUAUGUGAGGACAUUUCCAGGAACAUCGACUGUAAGCAGACUUGGGGGACAAGGUAUUUUGGCAGUUGAUGGAGACUAUCAUAGACAACAAAGGAAGAUUUUCCAUCAUGCUUUGUUUGGAGAGGCUGUUCUUAACAUGGUCCCAGUUUUCCAAACCAAAUGUCAGCAGGUGAUCAACAAGUGGACACAACAGCUUAAGAGCCAUUGUGAGGGAUGUGUGGUGGAUGCACAACUUGAUUUGACCAAUAUGGCUUUAGAUGUCGUCAGCCAGUGUGCAUUUAGUUAUAACCUCAACAGCAUCUCAGACCCAGAUAAUGAAAAUGUGAAAGCAUUGGGAUUUGUUACCUCCGUUCCAUCUGUCAGCUUCCAGAACACAAUACCUAUUUUAAAUAGGAUACCGACUGCAUACAACAAAACAUAUGAGAAAAUGGUAAAAGUGGCGGAUGACUUGGUGAAUAAUAUCAUAAGUGAGAGACAAAGAAAUACUGAUUCUGACAACCCAGAAAAUGAUAUCCUGGCAUUGCUGCUUAAAGCCCAUGACCCAGAGACAGGACAGACUUUUUCUGACAAGGAACUUCAUGACCAUAUUAUAAGUUUCCUUAUUGCUGGACAUGAGACAACAGCAAAAGCCAUGUCUUGGGCACUGUACAUGAUUGCAAAACAUGAAGACAUUCAAGAAAAGGCUUACAAAGAAGCUGUGCAGGUGCUUCCACCAAGGGAGGAGAAAAUAACCUGGGAAUAUGUUGAUAGAUUACAAUAUAUCAAUUGUAUUAUAAAAGAAACUCUCAGAUUGUAUCCCACAGUACCUAGUGCCAACAGGAAGGCAGUUAAUGAUGACAAAAUUGGUGAAUAUCUCAUUCCUGCUGGAACCACGGUCACCUAUCACGUAGGGGCUCUUAUGAGAAAUGCAAGAUACUGGCCAGAACCUGAGAAAUUUAUGCCUGAGAGAUUCCAAGAUCCAGAAGCAGUGAAGCCUUUCACCUUCCUGCCUUUCAUCACUGGACCACACAUGUGCCUGGGACACAAAUUUGCCAUGCUGGAGAUGAGGCUUGUACUUGCCAUGUUGCUCAGAGACUUCAAAAUUACAACAGUGCCAAAUAUGGUGUUCAAGCGAAAGACUAAGGUUGUUAUGGUGGCAGAUCCCCCUAUCAAAGUCCAUAUUGCAUCUAGGUAAAAUAGCCUACUAUAUCAGGUUAUUUUCAAAAAUGCCACAUAUUCGGUUUUAGUAUCCUGGACCAGGUAUCUUGAAAAGUAGAAAUUCACAUAUGUAUGCGACUGUAUAUGGUCAUAAUGAUUUUUUUUUUCAUUCAGAACUGCAAUAUACGUCUACCUUGACUAAAAAAAAAAAAA